AUGUCAGCAUCCAGCCUUCCCAUCCCACAACCACCGCGAACGCCUACCCCUCCAUCAGACAACCCACCAUCGCCUCAACCAGUCGGCCUAGGCCUAGGACCCAGUAUCCAGACGGAACACGACUACGACAUCCACACCGGCAUCAACGACUCCCCCGAACGCGAACGCAAUGGCAGCAUCGGUAGGAUCGAUUCCGCCGCCUCGAUGCUCUCCCCCACGAGCGCGACAUUCAGCACCACGAACGGAGGGUUGAGUCCUCAAGGGAGCCUCUACAGUCCGAUCACCCCUCAGACCGCGAGCACAGAUGGCGAAUUUGGAAGUAUCGACGCCAACGCCGGCGCUGGUGUCGUUACGAAUCCUUUCAAUUUCACGCCUGUUCAAUAUGCGCCUCCUUCGCAGGCUGGGCAGAAGAGCGAGUUGUUGGGGAAGAGGAGGGGCCACAAGUAUAGGCAUUCGUCUAUUCAUGCGAGUCAUAUGGAUUCUAUAUUCAAGUCUCCUGCGCCGAGUCAGAGGACACCUUUGAGUGUGCCUGCGAGUCUGCCUAUGCCAACGAGGAAAGAGGCUUGGUGGAGCAUGACGAGACACCAGACGAUGAGACUGAGCUGGUGUGCUUGUCAUUUCCUUAUUGCGGGCUAUGUGCAAUUCAGUGGAGCGGGAAGUCUGGCCAUGACGGCACUUAGUCGAUUGCUCUUGUUCGAUGCGGCCGGUGCUACGGUCUGCGUGGUUGUGGACGUUAUGGGCAACUUCGAGGUCUGGAAGAGGAGCUCGAUCAAACAUCCAUUUGGCCUGGAACGAGCUGAUGUCCUCGCUGGGUUUGGCAUGGCUGUCUUCAUUGCGUUCAUGGGCUUGGACGUGAUCAGCCACGGCAUCCAGCACUCACUGGAGAAUGUUGGUACCCACGUUGCCCAUUCUCCACACGAUCAUGAGCGCGUUGGUGCAGCACACGUGGAUACAGCCAGCUUGCUCUCCAUUGUCAGCACCAUCGUCUCCGCCGUCCUGCUCAAAAACCACGCCCGUAUCGGCAAGGCGAUGAGAUUCGAAUUACUUGCAGGUUGGGGCAGGAUCCUGGGCAACCCCUCACACUUCCUCACGCUGUCGUGUUCAGUGCUGAUGCUACUUCUGCCUUUUAUGACGAACGACUCGUACGGCUGGUUUGACAAGGGGCUCUCCUUCAUCAUUGCCUCGCUCAUGAUUGCCUUCGGUGUACGACUCGCGACCUCUCUGGCGUCAAUGCUUCUAAUGAGCUACCGACCUGCAGAAAAAGGAGCCAUCCACCGCAUCAUCGACGAAAUCGCCAACGCUGACUCGUCCGUCACCAACGUAGACGAGGCACGUUUCUGGCAAGUCCAUUAUGGAUUAUGCAUGGCGAAUCUCAAGCUUCGCUAUCGCAGCAGCAGGGGAGGCUAUGGCAUGAAUACGGACGACAUUACAAGGGUUCGACAGAAGGUCGCGAGUCUGAUCAGACAGCGGCUAGGCGGUGUCAAUUGGGAUGUAAGUGUGCAACUCUCGGUCGAGACGGAUUGA